AGUGAAAAAAUCGUCUGCCACCUGUCCAGGGGAUAUAAGUUCGUGGUUUAAUCGCCAGUCUCCAAUCGUCUAUUUUCAACCUUCGACCAUCCAUCUUCAAUAGUCUCCAAUCUUCAGUCGUCUUCAGUCGUCACACUUCAAUCUCCGAAUCGUCAGCAAACCGUCAGCUAAGCGCUAAUCGUCAAUGAAUCGUCAAGUCGUCGCGAGGACAGGCUGCGUUUUCGUCGGACUCGACUUUGGGCUGCUGGCCAUUGCGGUGUUGGGGUCGACUCGGGUUCUGAUGGCACCGGAAGUGCAGUGACGGUAGAAGCGGGAGACUUUUUCCAAGGAAACGUGAUCGGCCGGUAAGCAGACAGAAAGUUCGUCUUCUGUAAAAGACAAAUGAUUCCUGCUUCAGAAAAUGCGCUCUUGUUGACACUGUCAAGAUUCGAAGCCUAAAGCCAUUUGCUAAUAUCAUCUGAACGCCAGACUUUUAGAGGGCAUUUCUGAUGUUUGGCUAGCGGCGCUGUAAUCGAUGCCGACUGAACGUCCAGCAUCAACAGAUGGAGCUGCUGGUGUGAUGAAAGUGCGUUAAAUAAGGCGACAGCUUUCGUGCUCUGGUCACCGGAAGUUUCGCACGGAGGCUUGCUCGUGUUUUUAUUUUGUAGUACUUUAUGUGCAGGUCUCAGCUUCAGUUGAAAACAACCCUUGUGAAUUUUUUUUUUUUUUACUUCCAAAUUGUUCCACUUUGCGGAGGGAAAGAGGAUGAUGGUUUCCGCGCGGUAUCAGCGUGAUCUCGCCAUGCGUCCACUGAAAGAGAAUCUGUGUCAUGACUGCAUCAGAGACGGAGUUUCCCGUCCAGAAAGGAUUAGAGUUGGGAUACACACAUUUAUUGAAAAUUUCCCUUCAUGUUCCCAAGCUGUGAGAGGUGCUUUGCUUCGGGAUAUAACUAGCCCACCCGACGUCCUUUAGGUCAGAGUAAGGAAAAAUGUUGUAUUAAUGAAAAGAAAAUGAAAGAUCAAACUGGGAGGAUACCAAAGGUCAAAUGUCUUUGAGGACAAGACUCACUGGUCAAAAGACUCAACGGUGACAACACUGCACUGAUGACGUCACUGCAUCCUGUGAACGUCGUCUGCACGACUGUACUGGCGGCGCUGCUGUGCUGCUCGGCAGAAAUCUUCUCGUCAGUCGCCAAACUGAAGGCCUUGCCGCACCUGGAGAGAACGCUCUUGAAGAAGUUCCAGGACUUCUUGAAAGCCACCCCGGGCAUCGAUGAAGAAAUAAGAGGACGACUUCAGCGACUGAAUGCACAGAACAUUAAAGACCUGCACAACAUCACCUCCCUGGAAAGUCCGUUGCACGCCUUUCGCGUCCUCAAGAGACUCGUGCAUCGAUGGGAGUCUCUGAUAAAACUCAUUAACUGUUCUAUCAGGGACUCAAUCAGCGACAAAAAAGACUUUUCACUUGUCUCCGCGUUUCUGAACUCCACGAGGACAUGGAUGAUGUCACAAAUGUUGUGGCCGACGAAGGCAGAUGUUUCCGGUGCCGCCAUGGCACUGGUCCGACUGCACCGACUCUACAGCCUGGACUACGCCGACCUCCUCAGAGGUCACUUCCUCCAUGAAAGGUCAUAUCCUCUGACGUCAUCAGAACUCACUUACCUCACGAAGGCAGCUCUGGAGCUGGGAUUGGUGUGCGAUGCGAGAGAACUGUUGGCAGCUCUGGAAGUCAUCUCGAAGAAAGUGGAUGGCUUGGAGAUGAAAUCUGUUGCAAAACUGCGCGACCGUGUGUCACAGCUUUCCACCAGCAAGAUGGCAGACUGUAACAAAAACAGAAGUGAAUCAGAAGUGCCUGUUUGUGCCAUUGAUGGCUGGAAUACUGCAUCGGAUCAGUUCAGCAAAACGUCUGCUCGGCAAGCGUAUGAAGAGAUGUGUAGAAAAACAAUACAGGCUUCCUUUGCGUUUGGGUCGGGGCGCGAUUGUUACAUGCAUGCAACAUUCAUACCUUACCUCAGGUACAGGUCAGAGGUGGUGAACUCCGACCCGCUCAUCCUUGUCUUCCAUGACGUUAUUGACGACGCCGAGAUCAGCGAAAUCAAAGACCUGGCUUUCGGCAAGCUGUCACCAUCAUCACUGGCGCUGACCCAGGUAGCCCAUGAGAAACAUCUUGUGCGGGUCAGUCAGAACGCCUGGCUGUUCGAUUCCACUCCCACCCUGACGAGGAUUUCCCGCCGCGUGGAGCUGGUCACGGGUCUCAGCACGCGCGUGUUAAGCGAGAACACCCACGCGGAGCCAUAUCAGGUGUUGAAUUAUGGUCUUGGAGGUGUCUACGGGCCACAUGAAGAUUCGGUGCGGUUGCCUCGACGCACCGGUAAUGAGGACGUGCCAUUGCUGAGGAACUCAGGGGACAGAACUGCAACAUGGAUGUACUAUCUGUCAGACGUUCCGCUAGGAGGCGCUACAGUCUUCCCUUUCCUCCAGGCGGGAAUACGGCCCCAAAAGGGUACAGCUGUCCUCUGGUACAACCUCAAGCGCAAUGGUGAGGGAGACAUGCGUGUAGUGCACGCCGGCUGCCCAGUUCUGUACGGCGAUAAGUGGGUGGCAAACAAGUGGCUCAGAGAAAUAGGCAACGUCUUCAAAAGACCCUGUCUUCUAGAUCCCUCAUUGUGAUGACUGUGGAGGAGGAGGAUGAUGACAAUGAUGAUGGUGAUGAUGACCUCGAUGACAUUGACGACAAUGAUGACGAUAAUGAUCCCGGUGAUGUUUUAUACAUAAUAGAAGCAAUACGGAAUAUAUUUACUGUGAUAUGUUUGAAUGAUCAUUUUCUUGCAAACACGAGCUUCUGUUUUUGAGUGGAUGCUGCAGUUCAUGUCAGUUAACGCUUGUGUCCAUUGCAAAGUUUUCAGAGUUGAAGCUGAGAUGCUCGUGCAAAAAAGUGUAUUUCCGUCAGAUUUUAUUGUUAUACAGUUAAAAAAAAGCUUCCACGCGUGUAUGAACAGACAUGAGAGAAAUAGAGAUGGUGUGUGUAGAAGUAUUUAUAUUGUUAAGUUUGCUGAGUGCCAAGUGCUUGAGCGCUAUUGAAGCAUUGAGUGUUUUUCACCCUCCAUGAAGGUAUGACUCUCGUGAGUGAAGGCUUAUGACAUUAAACAAUAAAACUGUCCAGUUAUUUUGUACUUGAAGAAUAUAAUGCAGUGUUAACAAGCUAUUGAAGUCACAAAACAAUUUUAUAACUUUUUAAAACUGAAAUUACUUUAAAUAAAGUUAACCUGCUUAAGCUUGAC